AUGAACCCCUUCAAGAGCAGCAACAACCAGGCCAAUGCUGCCGGUCAGCCCAAGGAGGACCCCGUCGACAAGGCUUUCGACUUCGCUACCAAGAAAGCUGGCCACGACAUGCCCCGCAGCACGGAUGAGAAGAUCACCGAUGCUGGUCGCAACAUGUACGAGAAGGUGACUGGCAAGAAGGUCAAUCCCAAGAUUUCUAACUAG